GGUCGCGCUCGCUUGGCCGGGCUGUGGGAGAUAACUCGGAGUGGGCCGCAGCGGUGCUGUGGCUCUUCUUGCCGGGCGGUCGCACCAUGGCGGACGAGGAGCUGGAGGCUCUGCGGAAGCAGAGGCUGGCUGAGCUGCAGGCAAAGCACGGGGAUCCUGGCGAUGCAGCACAACAGGAAGCAAAGCACAGAGAAGCAGAAAUGAGAAACAGUAUCUUAGCCCAAGUUCUGGAUCAGUCAGCCCGGGCGCGGUUAAGUAACUUAGCACUUGUAAAGCCUGAAAAAACUAAAGGAGUAGAGAAUUACCUUAUACAGAUGGCAAGAUAUGGACAACUAAAUGGGAAGGUAACAGAACAAGGUUUAAUAGAAAUCCUUGAAAAAGUAAGCCAACAAACAGAAAAGAAAACCACAGUUAAAUUCAACAGAAGAAAAGUAAUGGACUCUGACGAUGACGACAAUUACUGAAUUUCAGACGCAGACACUGGGACUUAGUGGAACAAUUCCAGGACAGAUAAUACUUGGCAGUUAAGAUCUGAUUGAAUGUUUACUUUAUUGUUUAUAUACCUUUAGAAAAAUAAACUUGUUAUGUAAAAUAAAA